AUGAGCCAGUUCCAACCUAAUGCAGCGCCCGGCCGCUCGUUCAUUUCUAAAAUAAAUCUGAAAUUUUCAAACCUUUCCCUUCUGAAGGUCCUGUCUUCAUACUCCGACAAAGACGGAAGCACUGACGACGACACCUUGAUCCACAAUGCUUUUGUUCGUUUCUUCGAUGAGCGUGGUGAACCAUACCCGGAAUGGCUAGGUGUGUCUGUUCCAGCACGUUCUGCUGCUCGCCAGGCACAGACUGCUGCCGGAAACUAUUCGACAUUCCAGCCCACUUCUGGCUCUCAAGCUACAAGUGCUCUGGCCCAAUAUCAGCCAGUCCGUGCUUCUUAUAACUCAAGCAAUUCGGCUUCUACUUACCAACCUCAGCAAACGCACAGUCGUCAGAACUCAAAUGCUGAUAGCGCAGAUGAGGAGCGGGGAUACACUCGGAGAUCUAACUCCCGAUUACAGGAAAUGUAUAAUAAGUCCAGACAGCAAGGUAUUCCCGGCGCCGGUUACAAUGCUCAGCAGGCUCAACCGUCCACAUCCCGUCAAAACCUGACUGCCAGUCUGAGACUUCGAGACCGCAUUAUGAACGGCUCUCCUACUCAAGCAGGAAGGUACGAUUCUCCACCAAGUGGGUCUAGAGCCUCCUGGGGACGCAACCAGUAG